UUUGCAAACCAAUCAGAAUCAGAGCUGCCCUUGUAUGCAAUCGAGUAAUCAAAAAUAAAUCGUGAAAAUGUGUAACGUUACCUCCUGAAAUGUCACUAUUGCAGUGGCAUGUAGCCUUCUCGACUUGACUCGUGCAAUGGCCCAAAGUUAAAUUACUUAAUUACUUCAUAAUCAAUUAAUUUCACGUUUGUAUGAGGGCAGGCCCAAUACGAAGGAACGGCAUCCUACUCAGCAUUUGACAACAUUGCGUUCAUUCUCUUAGCUAGCUAACUAGCAGCUUGCGUUGACAUUGGACGAUUUGAAGUGACUUUUUCUUGGUUUUACAGAAUUGGAUUCAAUGACAACACACCGACAUUGCGAAUUAGAACAUCCAGUACCAAGCAGUUCGACAGCUUUGUACACUAAACACGCUGCUAGCUGUCAGGUUCGCUAGCUGCCCCAUCCAGCUUACCACUUGCAAGUCAGAAUGUCAGUGCAACAGUUUUGAGGGAUAAGUAGACUUUUUUUUACCGCCUUGAGGCUGGUCACAUAAACAACAGUCAUUAUGAGGAUUUUAAGAGCUUUGAUGAAAAAUGCCGCAACCGGGAAACAAAUCGAUUAUUUCUCCAGGUUUUCUCCAUCGCCACUGUCAAUGAAACAAUUUCUGGAUUUUGGGUCGGAAAAUGCAUGCGAGAAAACAUCAUUCGUCUUCCUAAGACAAGAGCUGCCAGUGAGACUGGCAAACAUAAUGAAAGAAAUCAAUCUGUUACCAGAUAAUCUUCUUAGGACCCCCUCUGUACGUUUGGUACAAAGCUGGUACAUGCAAAGUUUCCAAGACAUUCUGGAGUUCAAGGACAAAAAUGGAGAUGAUGAAAAAGUCACAUAUGCGUUCACAGAUGCUGUUAUAAAGAUUCGAAACAGGCACAAUGAUGUCGUGCCUACCAUGGCCCAGGGUGUUGUGGAGUACAAAGAGGCCUAUGGCACAGACCCCAUCACCAGCCAGAACAUGCAGUACUUUCUGGACCGCUUCUAUAUGAGCCGCAUAUCCAUUAGGAUGCUUCUUAACCAGCAUACUUUGCUGUUUGGUGGUAAAGUGAGAGUAAACCCAGCUCAUCCCAAACAGAUUGGCAGCAUUGAUCCUCACUGUCCGGUCACUGAUGUUGUCAGAGAUGCAUAUGAAAAUGCGAGAAACCUUUGUGAUCGGUAUUACAUGAACUCUCCUGAGUUGAUUUUAGAAGAAUUUAAUGUUAAAGGAAGUGGAGAUCCUGUAACAAUGGUAUAUGUACCAUCACAUCUCUAUCAUAUGCUGUUUGAGCUAUUUAAGAAUGCCAUGCGUGCAACCAUGGAACUGUAUGGAGAUGCGCUCGAGUAUCCCCCUGUCCAGGCCCAGGUGGCCUUGGGCCAUGAGGAUCUCACUAUAAAGGUCAGUGAUCGCGGAGGAGGAGUUCCGUUAAGGAAGAUUGACAGGUUGUUCACCUACACGUACUCUACGGCCCCUGUGCCGCCUAUGGACUCGGCACGAGCAACGCCUCUGGCUGGCUUUGGAUAUGGGUUGCCCAUUUCACGAUUAUAUGCAAGAUACUUCCAAGGCGAUUUGAAGUUGUACUCGCUGGAGGGUUUCGGUACAGAUGCCGUUAUAUACAUCAGGGCCUUGUCCACGGAGUCCAUAGAGAGGCUUCCUGUUUACAACAAGUCAGCCUGGAAGCACUACAAAACCAUGCACGAGGCAGACGACUGGUGCGUCCCUAGCAAGGAGCCCAAGGACAUGACUACCUUCCGCAGUUUCUAGAUUGAGACAGCACUCGCUGACCGAGUGGGCUCAUCCAGAUUAUUUCCAAAUUUUGACGAGUUGUUUUUCCAUUGCCGGCUGAGGAGUGGAAGAUAUGACGUUGUGAUCACCGCCAAUGAAAGGUCAAACAUCAGCUCAUAUUCAGUGGAUGUAAUAAAAAUAGCCAGUCAUAACAGACAGGAGACUAGUGCCAUACUUUCUUCGGAAAACUGCAUGUUGCUUAGCCUCUGUAUAUAUUUUGUCUUUCUACAAAUGAGUUUGAGUUACAAUGUUUUUGGACUACUGAGAUCUGAAGAAAAUCUUUUUUCAGUGAAAAAUGGAGAUGAAUUACAGGAUCUGAUACCUUGAUAUACAAUUCAAUGAAAGGAAGGGAUAAUGUGAAGCAUAGCACAUAUCCACAGUUCUUGGGACAAUAUCAUAAUUCUUGGGGUAUUCAGUCUAGGACCUCAGUUUUUUACAGUGUAGGGCAGCUAAAAUAUUCUAUAAGACCCCAAAUCUAUUUCCUAUGUACUGAUAGGAAACAUGAUAUUAGUUUAUUACCUUUGAAUGCAAAUGAUGUGCUCAAAAAAUGGAUUUUGUACAAAAUAUUGAGUUGAGUUACUACAGUAUAGUUUAACAUGAAGUUAUCAGACAACAGCCCACAUUCAUAGCUUCUGUGUGUAACCAGUAAAUAUAAUUGUCUACAAUAGACAGAAUGAACAGACAUCACCUGACAGCACAUUCCAUGUGGAGCUUCUAAAUGUAUUUAUGGUUCAUUUCAUCAUUUGUUUCUCUUUUUGGUUGUUUGUGUUUGGAGUUGUUUGUCUGUGUGAGCGAGUGAAAGUGCUUUGACCAAUUCCAUAUGGAAGAUUUUUUUUGUGGUGUAGACCAUCAGUUACAAUUUCACGUGUGAAUUGAGAAAAUGUUCAACUCUGUCAGCUAAAUAAAGUCAUUGUGUGAAUAUAAA